UCUGCAGAGGAGGCUCAGUGACACGUAUGCAGGGGAGGCUUAGUGACAUGUAAGCAAUUUGAUUUCACUACAUUCGUGGAUCAGAGUUGCGGAGUUUUCCACCAAGCGGUUAACGAACUUGUAGGAAACAGUCAUAGAUCAGUGUUGCGGUAACUCGGACUGAGUUAAGCAGGAUCUUUCGCAUCACAAGUCAUCCGGAUCUUAAGCUGACGGCAUCGUAAACAGUUGACUUCAGCUGAACAGUAUCUUAUACUUCAAAAGAGAGAACGCCUGAGAAUGGAGCUUGAGCUAGAGAAAAUCAUUGGCAAGAUCAACCUUUUGCCCGAAGAUGAAAAACAGCAAGAUAGGAGAGAUUUAAAAGAGCUUCAAGAGAAAACAGAGAGGAUGAAUUCCAACGCGAAAGAGACUGCUGAGAGUCUUCGUACAGCGGCUAAGAAACUAGACAACGUGUGGAGGGACUGCAAGACAGCACAUGCUGUUGGAACCAGCUUUGGAAUAGUGGGAGGCCUUCUUUCAAUCGGUGGAGGAAUUGCAACAUUGAUGACAGCGGGGACUGCUACUCCCUUGUUAGUAGCAGGAUUGUCUCUUGGAGGCGCGGGAGCUACUACAAACAUAGGGACAGCCGCCGUCGAGUCUCAUAUAAACUCAGCUGAAAUCAAAAAGGCAGAAAAACAAUUGGACAAGACUAGGAAAAGUAUAAACGAGGUAAACAGGUUUGUCCAAGAGGUUUUGAUUACGAAAGAAAGAGCAAGGCUCAUAUAUAUUUAUUACCUUGCCGAAACCCUGCAGUUGGGAGGUCCUGUGGUCUUAAAGAUCCUUCGUGAGCUGGUGUUUUUCGUCGGAGGAACACCUACUAAAAUGGCAAUACAAGUAGCAGAAACUGCAAUGGCCUGUGCACAGACAGUGACUCAGGCUAGUGCGAAAGCUGCAACCAAAGGUGGUGCUCAAGGAGCGGGAAAGGCAGCUGCGCAAUCUGUUGACGAUGUGCUACGAGCAACGGGUCAGGUUGGAGCACAAGCUGCUGAUGACGUAGUCCAAGCAGGGGCUAAAGCGAGCACCAAGGCAGCCAGUAAGACAGUCGGCAAAGUCGUCAUUGUGGUCAAUGUUGCAUUUGUGGUGUGGGAUGUCAUAGACCUUGGCUUCACAAUCAGCGAUCUCGUAAAAAACAAGGGAUCUAAAGCUGCAAAAUAUCUGAGACAAAAGGCAGACGAACUUGAGAAUGCCAUGAAGCAGUAAAAAUCAGCAAAAAGGAAGAAUUCGAAACAAUUUUCAGUUAUAAACAUAACAUUGAUCUACGUUGGCGUGAACACUUUUCAUGCGUUAGUUGCAUUUGGUCAUUUUUUAUGAGGAAGUUACAUCUUAGGACUGCAUUAUCGGCAUUUAGCAAUUUUUAUUUUUUAUGUGGCCUCUUUUGAUUUUUAGAGAGAUAGGAAA